GCCCGGCCGCUAAACCACCUGCCAGGCCGAGAAAUAUCCCGGCAUGCGCUGCGCCUCCGCGUCCCCAUCCGGGCUCUGCUAUUUAUACGCGCACUCCCACGAUCCCCCCUCUCCCCCGUCCAGGCCCGGCAGGCACACCCAUCGCCAGCCACCCACUGGCCGACUGCCCAUGAGCCCCACAUCGCCGCGGCAGCCCGGCGGGGCGCGGCACGCCGCCGCCUUCAAGGUCCACAGAGACUCCCACAGCAUACACAAGGCCACCUCGCCGCCCUCCUCGUCCUCCACCAACUCCUCCGUGUCGUCGUCCGCCGCCAUCACCAGCACCAGCCACCGGCCGCCCCCGGCGCCAGCGCCGAGGCAGAGGCAGCGGCAGCAGCCGGUGAUCAUCUACACGCAGUCGCCCAAGGUCAUCCGCACCAACCCGCGCGACUUCAUGUCCAUCGUGCAGAAGCUCACCGGCCUCGACAGCCCCGGUCCCGCCCGCGGCGGCGCGCCCCCGGCGGCGCGCGCCAACGCGGGCCCGGUCGCCGCCGCUGCCGCGCAGGACGAGUCCUCCUCCUCCUCGUCCGAGAGCUGCGCCAACGCCCACGCCGCGGGGCCGCCGCCGCCCUACGCGGACUCGCAGCUGAUGCCACCGCCGGCCCCGCCGCUGGACGCGCACUUCAUGGCGCCCGACAUCCCGCUGUUCGCGCCCGACGCGUCAGACCUGCACCAGCUCUACGCGCCGAGGGGGCUCUACGGCCAGUUCCCGCCGGUCGACGCCACGGCGCUCCGCCCGGUGAUGGCGGCGAGCGUGAACAGCGCCGCCGGCAACGGUGGGGCCGUGUUCGCCCCGUCCAUGGUGGAGGCGAUGCGGACAUUUCCGGACUAUAAUUAGGCAGGCUCGAUCUAGCUAGUCCGUGCAUCAAUCAGUCAGUCAAUCAGGCGAUGAUGCAGCGAUGCGUGAGCCGUUGCCAUGCCAUGUGCAAGUGCAAUAACCGGAGGUUGAUCUUUUGCUUGAUCUUUUAUCUCGUCAUGAUUCAUAAUUACUUGGGCGUGAACGUGUGGAGAAACCAAGACAGGAGGAUGAGGAUGAAUCAUGAUGACGCAUGCGGCAUGCCACAUCGAUCGAUGAUGCGAUGGAUGUGACACUAGCUAGCUGAGAUAUACAUCUCCUUGUUCACAUUUUUUUCUGCUAGGAAAUUUAGUUAGUGAUCACUUAUUCUAUUGCAUGAAAUCCUUGUUAUUCUUUUUUCUACUACUUUAGUUCUUCUUGUCACUUCACGCUGAUGAAUUUUUGCAGUGUAAAUAAAUAGGUUGGAGAGUUCUGGUU